GUGUCAUUGUUCCGGGACCCCCAAGUAUCAGUGUAUCAUUGUUCCGGACCCCCAGGUGUCAAUUUGUCAUUGUUCUGGACCCCCCAAAUGUCAGUGUGUCAUUGUUCCGGGACCCCCAAGUGUCAGUGUGUCAUUGUUCCGGGACCCCCAAGUGUCAGUGUGUCAUUGUUCCGGGACCCCCAGGUGUCAGUGUGUCAUUGUUCUGGGACCCCCAGGUGUCAGUGUGUCAUUGUUCCGGGACCCCCAGUGUCAGUGUGUCAUUGUUCCGGGACCCCCAAGUGUCAGUGUGUCAUUGUUCCAGGACCCCCAAGUGUCAGUGUGUCAUUGUUCCAGGACCCCCAAGUGUCAGUGUGUCAUUGUUCCAGGACCCCCAAGUGUCAGUGUGUCAUUGUUCCGGGACCCCCAAGUGUCAGUGUGUCAUUGUUCCGGGACCCCCAAGUGUCAGUGUGUCAUUGUUCCAGGACCCCCAAGUGUCAGUGUGUCAUUGUUCCAGGACCCCCAGGUGUCAGUGUGUCAUUGUUCCGGGACCCCAGGUGUUAGUGUGUCAUUGUUCCGGGGACCCCAGGUGUUAGUGGGCAAGGCUCCCAUGGUAGAUCCACAAAAGUCGGAAUAGUGUGCAGCAUCCUCAGGGGUGUCUAACU